AUGCGUACUAUGCAGGAGUACGCCCACCUCGUCGGUGCCUCGACGAGCGCUGCCAACACCGCCAGGCUGGCGGAGGAGGCUAUCAAGGAGCCACACAUAUUCUUCUACAGCUCCCUCCUGCGUCUCCCUUCCGUUCAGGCGCUCCGCUCGAAUGCGUCCUUUGCGUGGAUCGUGCAAGUGAUGGACGUGCUGUGCUACGGAAUGGUGGAUGCGCUUCACGGCCUCCCGGGCAGCGUACAGCAGCACCUGACGCCGCUCGUGUACCGCAAGGCGAGCAAGCUGUCCGUUCUGUCGCUCUGCGUCCGUGAUGGCGUGAGCGGGGUGCUGCGCAUUCGUGACGUCCAGGCUACCAUUGAAGCCGCCACACCCUCUGAGGCAGAGGAGCUGCUUAUCGACAUGAUGUCUGAUGGGCUGCUGCGCGGCCGCAUCGACCAGCGUGGGGGUGUUGUGGUGCUGCAGGAGUUUGCGGCGCGGGAGGUGCGGCUGGAGGACGUCGGCAGAAUACGCGAGAAGAUGGAGAAGUGGUGUAGAAAUUGCGAUGCCCAAAUCGCCAUGCUUGAAAAAAUGAUGGGUGAAUGA